UUAUCAACAGGAGAACAUAAACGCCAUUACGUUUCUAUUACCUUGUUUAACAAAACAUUCAAGCAUACCUAUCAAUACACGUGGAAAAGUACAUACACGUAUUUUUAAAAUUUUACAUUAAUAAAUUUUUGCUACGUUUAAAUACAUUUAUCUUUUUAAAAUUGAUUUAACGAAACAACGUUGUUGCUAAAGAUAAAGCUCUUCUUUUAAACAUAACCUGAAAGGAAACAAUAAUUUUUCAUAUAUCGUAUGAUAUUUGUGAAGCCGUCAUUAUGGAUGACACAAUUACUGAUAAACGCUUUGCACAUAUUACAAGGGAUCCCAAAUUUAGACGGAUUCCAAAAAUUGAGCGUAAAAUUAAAAUAGAUAAAAGAUUUCAAAGUAUGUUUAAAGAUAAAAAAUUUGCAAUAAAAUAUACAAUUGAUAAACGUGGAAAACCUAUUAAUCAAACUUCUAUGGAAAAUCUUAGGAAGUAUUAUGAACUAACUAGUAGUGAAGAUGAAUCUAUACCUGAGACUAAUUCCAAAACAAAAAAAGCUAGAAAGAAAAAAAUAUUGAAGCAUAACAAUAAAGAAGUAAAAAAUGAAAUCAUUGGUAAUGUGAUUCAAAAGAAAGAGAAUGAUUCAGAUGAAUGUAUUUCUGAUCAGGAUAACUUUCUUCGUAUAAAACCAAAGGGAGAAACAAGUAUAGAUAUAAAUACUGAUAGCUCAUUAGAUAUAAUUGAUUUAGAUUCAGAUUUAAAAGAAAAUGAGAAACAAUUACAUGUAAAAAAUAAAGAUGAAAAUAUUAAACUAACAGAUCAAAUAAAAGAGAGAUUACAAGAUCUUUCUGUUAAUUAUGCCAGGGGUGAAGGAGUUUUAUUAACUGAUAGUUCUUCUGAUGAAGAAAGUUCUGAGUACAAUGAUGAAAGUGAAGAUAUAGAACAUGGUUGGGGUGAAUUAGAUAAAGAUGCAGAAAGGACAGAACAAAGUACUCAUCGAUUAGCUAUAUGUAAUAUGGAUUGGGAUAGAAUACGUGCUAUAGAUCUAAUGGUCCUAUUUAAUUCAUUUUUACCCAGUGGUGGUCUUAUCCAUUGUAUUACGAUUUACCCAUCAGAGUUUGGUCUACAACGUAUGAAAGAAGAAGAAAUAAAAGGACCAGUAGAACUGGUUAAUAAUAAAACAGAAGAAGUUCAUAGUAAAAGUGAUAAUGAAGAGGGCUCAGAUUAUCAUAUGGAGAAAUUAAGAAGAUACCAAUUAAAUCGAUUAAAGUAUUAUUAUGCAGUGUUGGAAUGUGAUUCUGUAGAAACUGCAAACAAAAUUUAUACUGAAUGUGAUGGUAUUGAAUAUGAAUCCACAGCAACAAAAUUAGAUUUAAGAUUUAUACCAAAUGAUAUGACAUUCGAUCAAGAACCUCGAGAAGUAUGUACUGAUUUACCAGAACUUUCAAAAUAUCAACCACGUCAAUUUACAACUACUGCAUUGCAACAAGUGAAGGUAGAAUUAACUUGGGAUGAAACAAAUCUAGAAAGAGAAGAAAUAGCAAAUAAGCUUAAUUCUGGAAAAAUUAAUGAAUUAAAUGAAAAUGAUUUACAAGCCUAUUUAGCAAAUGCAACUAGUGAUGAUGAUACAGAUAAGGAAAGUGGACAAAAUAAUGCACAUAAAACAGAAAAUCAAGAUGAUCCAAAUAAACCUAAUGAUCCCAUUGAAAAAUAUAAGACCUUGUUGAAACAAUUAGACAAAGACGAAGAAGUAAAGAAAAAGAAAGAUGUUGAAUUAGAAUUCACAUGGGGCAUAGGAACAAAAAAUAAAACAGAAAAGUUGGUCAAAGAAAAAUUAAAUAAGAAAGAUCUGACUCCAUUCGAAGAAUAUUUAGUAAAGCGAAAGGCCAAACAAAAAGCAAGGAAGGAAGAAUUAAAGAAAUUUAAGGAAUUACGCGACGAUGAUAUAUUGAAUUCGGAAGAUUCUGACUUUGAUUCUUCUAAAGAUAAUAAACUGAGAAAUGACCAAUUACGUUAUAAAAAACAAAAAAUAGCUGAAGAAAAUAGCGACGUGGAUUCUUCUAUAACAAAUGGAGAAACGAAACGUGCAGAUGAAUUAGAAUUACUUUUAAUGGAUGAAACUGAGAGAGAAAAUAAGAAACAUUUUAAUAUGAAAAAAAUUGAAGCUAAUGCAGAUUUAUCAAAAUCUAAACGUAAAAGAUUGAAGAAAAAACAAAAUCUACAAGAGAUUGAGAAGGAUGAUUUUGAAGUGAAUGUAAAGGACACCAGAUUUGCUGCACUUUAUACAUCGCAUUAUUUCAAUAUCGAUCCUGCAGAUCCUCAUUACAGAAAAACUAAAGGCACUGAAGCAUUAAUUCAAGAAAAAUUAAAGAGAAGAACCGAAGAUACUCCAGUAAAUGAAACGGAAGAUAACGGAAAAAAACUAUCCAAAAUUAGUAAAAAGUUGGAUGUAGAAUUACAAGCAUUAGUUAAAUCUGUAAAAAGAAAUACCAAAACUAUAUCUCAACCAAUAAAAUGAUAACUUCUAUGGUAAAAUUUUACUUAAAAAUAAAAAAAGCAUAUUAAAAA